CCUUGAUGUUCCAUGUAGAUCAAAGAGAAGAAACUGUCCCAUGCCUGGUUCCUGGUGGGAACCAUUCUGCUGAAGGAGGACCUUCUUCUGCAGGGACAACAGAAUUACUGUGUUGUCCGGUGAAAGGCCGUUUACAAUAACAACAACAACUUUCAGGGACAUGUAUUUUGGUUUCGUGGUUCUUGAGGGGGUCCUGGCGGUGGCCAUUAUCACCAUCAACCUGUUGGUUUGUGCCACCGUCUACCUGCACAAGGAGCUGAGAUGCAUCACGAACUACCUGAUUGUGUGCCUGGCAGUGGCCGACCUUGGUGUGGGAGCCCUGGCCAUCCCCUUCUCAAUGGUACUCAGCAUGGAGUAUGUCCUCUGUUUCUACACAUGCCUCUUCCUCACUUGCUUCCCACUGGUCACCACCCAGUUCUCCAUCCUCCUCCUGCUGGUCAUUGCCAUCAACGCCCACCUGAAGAUCAAGCUGCCCAACAGGUAAGCCAAAGGCUCUUUCUUCAGCAUCCAGCCUGUGAAACUGAGUGAGUGCAUGUGAGCCAACAACAUCUAUGCACAUGAUCA